AUGGAGCUUGAGCUUGAACUUGAAGAGAUGGAGUUGCUUCUCCUCAAGAAGAGGAAGGUUGAGGCGACAAUGAAAGCUGUUAGAAUCGAAGCCUACCACCCAAAACCGGCUCCACCUGCAGUUUGCCCGGACAACUUGGACACCUUGCCAAUGGAGUUCUUGCCGGAGGUGCCGGGUUUCUCUGGUGAGGACCCAGCUUCGCCAAAGUUGAAAGAAGCAGUUUGGAUUGAUAGCAGUCCCACUGAGUCAUUCCCCACACCAGAGCCUGAUUCUUGUUCACGGUAUUGGGCCAAAGUUGCUGAAGAAGAACAGAAACGUGAUGAUCGUUUGGCACAAGAACGUUUGGCUGCCCUUAACCUUUGCUUGAUGGAAGUUGAUGAGAAGAAUGGAUUUACCCUGCCAGCUGGCACUGGAACCAACAUGUGUGAUGAUGUGGAAAGUGACGGUGUUUCUGCAACAGUUCACGAUGACUCAGAUGAUGAAGGCCAUGAAUUUGAUGAACAGAAGGUUGACCACCCCCAAGAAUGUGCUGGUGAUUGCGCUGAGUUGCAGAUUCAUGCAAAGGCCAAAGCGAAGGCAAAGGCAGCAGCUAGCAGCACACCUCCCACUGAUGAACCCAGCACACCUGCCACUGAUGAACCCGGCACACCUGCCACUGGUGAACCCAGUAGUAGUAGCAGACCUGAACCAAAGGCCAAGGCGAAAGCUAAGGCAAAAGCGAUGAACAGACGCACCUUGACCCCUGAACAGAAGCAGUUGAAAUCAAGGAAGGCAAGCGCAUACCACAACACCAAACGGGCUCAGCUGAAGAUGGGAGUGAGUGAAGAGCAAGCCAUUGCAAAAGCGCGGGAGGUUUCUUGGUAUGCAUGCAUGAUGACAAAAAAUGCAGCAUCCACGCAUACAUGCAUGAGAACAUUCAUAUGUAUUAGUAUGUUCAAUGAGCUUGAGCUGUAG